CUUAUGUUAUGUACAUGUAUGUGUUGUAGUUGUUGAAUAUGGAAGAUGAGGGUGGUAGUUCGAUGAUGUUUCCAAUGGAGAAGAGAGCUUUGGAUUGUCUUGGUAAAGGUUUUGAUCUAACAAGUGAUUUUAGAAUGAAAUUUUCUAAGGGAUUAAUUAAUGGUGGAAGAUUAGUGGUAAUUGAUGAAAUGAACAAGAGAGAUAUUAUGGUACCAGGUGGUGUUACUAUUAAAGAUGUUUCAGAAGAUAUUCGUUGUGACAAAGGUGAUCGUGUGAGGUUUAAAUCUGAUGUUCUUCAAUUCAAUCAGAUGUCUGAAAUGCUGAACCAGAAAUCAGCCAUACAAGGAAAAAUUCCUUCUGGAUAUUUUAAUGCUGUAUUUGAUCUAAGUGGUGAUUGGUUUCGUGAUGCUCAAGACAUCAAAUCUCUUGCUUUUGAUGGUUACUUCAUUUCUCUUUACAAUUUACACUUAACUGCUUCACAUCUAAUACUGCAAGAGGAACUUAAAAAGUCUGUUCCAGCACACUGGGAUCCAGCUUCAUUGUCCAGGUUUAUUGCGACAUAUGGUACACACAUAAUAGUAGGCAUGGCUGUUGGAGGUCAAGAUGUCAUUUGUGUCAAACAAAAACAUUCUUCAAAGGUUCCUCCUGGUGAUCUCAGAAGACAUUUGGAGGAUUUAGGAGAUUUUUUAUUUUCAGAUUUAAGAAGCCCUUCUCUACUAGAGAGGAAGACAACAACAACAGAAGCCAAACAAAAAGUCCCAGAGGUUUUUAAUCGUGUCUUGCAAUCAAGCACAAUGCAGUUCACAAGUAUUUCAGAAACAUCAAGCAAAGAUGGACUCACUAUUAUUUGCUCAAAAAGAGGAGGAGAUGUGUUUAAGCACAGUCACUCGAGUUGGCUCCAAACAAUGGCGUCUAAUCCUGAAGCAAUCCACUUCAAGUUUGUUCCUAUUUCAUCACUUCUCACAGGAAUUCCUGGAAGUGGCUAUCUUAGUCAUGCAAUCAAUUUGUAUUUAAGAUAUAAGCCUACUCCUGAUGACUUACAAUACUUCUUGGAGUUUCAAAUUCCCAGGGAAUGGGCACCUAUGUUUUCUGAGCUACCUCUGAGACAUCAAAGGAAAAAGACUUAUUCUCCUCCACUACAAUUUAGUUUCAUGUCUCCAAAGCUUCAUAUCAACUCUACACAGGUAGUAAGUGAACAAAAACCGGUGGUUGGCCUCCGAUUAUACUUGGAGGGAAGGAAAUGUGAUAAACUUGCAAUUCAUAUACAUCAUCUUUCAAGCCUCCCAAAUACAAUGACACUCUCUUCAAGCACCACGACUAUGUGGCGAGGAUCCGAUGAGGACGAAUCCAGCAACCAGUUUGCCGAACCAAUAAGAUGGAAGAAAUUCGCGCAUGUGUGCACCUCAGUGGUCAAGUAUGACCCCAACUGGUUGCACGAAUCAAAUUCAAGCGGGGUUUAUAUCGUAACCGGUGCUCAACUCAUCAGCAAAGGGAAUUGGCCUAGGAAUGUACUUCACCUGCGCCUUCUCUUCACUCACAUACCAAAUUGCAGCAUCAGGAAAACAGAAUGGGCUGCUGCACCAGAAGCUUCAAGAAAAUCGACUUUCUUCACAAAUCUGAGCACAACAUUUUCAUUCACACAACAAAGUGUUACUGCUACACAGAAACAGGCCCAACAGGCAGCUGCGGCAGCUGCAACUGCACUAAACUCUGGUGUUUAUCCAAAUGGUCCACCUGUGCCUGUUCGUUCUGCUAAGAUGCUUAAAUAUGUGGAGACAUGUGAGGUUUUGCGCGGCCCACAUGAUGCUCCCGGGCAUUGGUUGGUUAUUGCUGCUAAGCUUGUGACAGAGGGUGGCAAGGUUGGAUUACAGGUCAAGUUUGCAUUGUUAGAUUACUAGUGUUAGGCUAACUGAGACUAUAUGCAGAGAAAUUUUGUUUUGCUUAAUUUUUUUGAUGAAUUACAUACAAAUCACGUGUACAUAUAUAAGAUACUAUUGUACAGUACAGUAUAGCAUAAUACAGUACACAAAAUGAGUGGUGAUGAUUGCCUUUGCCUAAUAGAAAAAUCAAAAUGCGACUAUUCUGCA